AUGGCAUUCCAACCGACUGGAUUACAAUUUUGUGCUUUAUUUGUCAUUAUUAUUAACAUAGGUUAUGGAGUUCCACCAACUACAGGUAUGAAAAAUUGUGAAGGUUUUGGAGAAUGUAUGCUUUUUUCCGGUUAUACAUGUAAAAAUAAUAAAUGCGUUUGCGAUCCAGACGAAUCGGGAUUAUAUCGUUGCAUACCACCUAAAUUAUAUGGGGAAAGAUGUAAUUCUGAUCAAGAAUGCCAAUUGGGCGAUUACAAUCUUCUUUGUUUAAAAAAUGAUAUAAGGAUAUGCAAGUGUAAAAGGGGUUACGUUUGGGACCUCGAAAGGAAAAAAUGUCUUCCAACGUUAGAUGAUGAUAUGUACAGUGGAAAAUUCGAUCCAGUUAGAGAUCUUAUUAUUCCAGGUUUAAUUAUAAUGACAAUAGGUGCCAUGUUUGGGAAAUUAUGGAGAAGGAGAAGACAUCAGGAAAUAGCAAGAGAAUUAGAAGAAAUAAGUUCUGGACCACAUCAACAAGCGUGGAUAGCAUCCUAUAGAGUUUUCAGCCCUUAUAAUAAUCCCGAUAGAUCUUCAUCAGGUUUAUCUCCGACUAGUUUUCCAAUACAUCCGACACCCUGUAUGGGUUUGUUCGUACCUAGCCAAUCGAUAACACAAAGUCCGCCUUCUUACGAAGAAGCAUUAAAACAUAAAGUUAUAUUAAGCAAUUACAAUCCAGGACCUCCAGUGGUGCCACCAUACACUCUUCAAACAUCUGACGUACAAAGACAAUAUCAAACUCUACAAUCGAAUCCAUCACCCUCAUCUAGUAUUUUAUUAAAUACACCAAACGUUCAAAAUUCUUCCGUUAUAAUAAAAACAACAACAACAACAACAACUUCUUCCGGUCAUCAUAGAUCGUUUCCGGUUGGACAAACCGACGGUUAUAGAGUAUUACCUAUUUCGAAUGAUUGGCCUGCACUUCAAUACAACAACGGGACCACAAACCAAGUGUGGAACGUACAUAAUUCAUCUCCAUCCGUUUGUCGUCGUACACAAGAAUUACAAAUGAUUCAUCAAACGGAUAAUUCCGAUAAUAUUAUAGAUGGUACCCACGUUCGAGUACCACCCACGGAUUUCCUAUCUCAACAUCAAAGAAAUUCACAAAUACAAACGUCGAGAUCGUCGGGAAGUCACAGACCCGGACAAUCACAAAAAAUAUAUCACGGAACGGAAAACGUGAGAAACAACAAUCACAACAACAACAACAACAACAACAAUCAAAACAAUCGAAGAAACAGUUAA